AUGGCAUUGAAGAACGAUGAGGACGCAUUGAGGUCAGAGAAGGCCGAGGUGCAGUUUACCUGCAUGAACGUUUACACCCAGCUGAAAGACACGCGUCCCCACACUAUCACUCCAACAGAAAGAAGGAAGUGCGUUUCCGGUCCUCACAAACGAAGCAACGAGCACCGGUUGAUGAGCUUCGAUGCGUUCCGUCUUUCGCCGAUGCCUUUGUCACUUCCUGGCGUGUUCCGUCUUCGAUUGAAGGUGAACGUCACUCAAUGGCUACCAAAAGCCGUGCACGUCCAAAUGGUGUGGCAGAAGAGAAUCAUAAACGCCUUAUGGAUGCGAGUGCCUUGUUUGGGUAGCUACGGCUCGUGCGAGUAUCACCAGUUGCCCGUGUGCUUGUUGACUCAAGACGUUUUCGGCUGUCCGAUCGUCCCACAGUAUUACGACAUCGAUCAAUCGUUCAUCAUUAACAGUCUGGACAGAGACGUGGCUGCUGUACUUCAAGUAGUGUAUUUGUCCCGAUUGGUGAUGAGCUUAAAACCGUUAGAUGUUUUCAAGGGUGACUACAAAGCUGUAGUAAUCGCUCGCCACGAAAUCACUCAUGAACAGCUGGCCUGCUUGGCUAUCAGUUUCAGCAUCAUCAGUUGA